AUGGACACGGAAGGGAGCCAGAGCAGCCUGUCCUCCGGAGCGGACACCUCCCCCCACGACCCCUGCAAAAUGUUCAUCGGGGGUCUGAGUUGGCAGACGACACAAGAGGGCUUGAAGGAGUACUUCGGUAAAUUCGGCGAGGUGAAGGAGUGCAUGGUGAUGCGAGAUCCCGUUACCAAGCGGUCGAGGGGCUUCGGGUUUGUCACAUACGCGGACCAGGACGGGGUCGAAAAGGUUUUGGCGCAAAACAGACACGACCUGGACUCCAAAACGAUCGACCCUAAAGUGGCGUUUCCCCGUCGGGCCCAGCCCAAGCUGGUGACCAGGACAAAGAAGAUCUUUGUCGGAGGGCUGUCAGUCAAUACCACCAUCGAAGAUGUGAAGCAAUACUUCGACCAGUUUGGAAAGGUUGACGAUGCCAUGCUCAUGUUCGACAAAACAACCAACAGACACAGAGGUUUUGGCUUUGUUACCUUUGAGAGUGAGGACGUGGUGGAGAAAGUGUGUGAGAUUCACUUCCAUGAGAUCAACAACAAAAUGGUGGAAUGUAAGAAAGCCCAGCCCAAGGAGGUGAUGACACCGACAGGCUCAGCCAGAGGCCGCUCCAGAGUGAUGCCUUAUGGGAUGGACGCCUUCAUGCUGGGCAUCGGCAUGCUGGGCUACCCAGGUUUUCAGACUACUACCUACACCAGCCGCAGCUACUCUGGAAUUGCGCCUGGCUACACUUAUCAAUUCCCAGAAUUCCAUUUAGAGAGAACCCCCCUCAUGACAUCAUCCCAGCACCCUGAGCUGGCAGCCAUUCCUCUGACUGCAUAUGGACCAAUGGCAGCAGCCGCCGCAGCAGCAGUAGUUAGAGGUAUGUAUGUAUGCCUGACUUGUCUCCUCUGUCUCUUAGGCUCCACCCCUUCACGCACAGCUGGUUUCCUGGGCACCAGCAGCCCUGGACCAAUGGCUGACCUGUAUGCUGCAGCCAAUCAGGACUCAGGAAUCGGCGGCUACAUGAGCGCCGCCAGCCCCGCCCCCAGUUCAGGGUUCGGCCACGGUCUAGGGGGUCCUCUGAUUGCUACUGCGUUCACUAAUGGCUACCACUGAGGCGACCCAGGUCACUGAAGAUGGGGGGGCUCUUCCUCUGCUGACGAGCCAAUCACAAUGCUGGCUGCCCACUGAUGGCAAUACCUGAUUGGCCGGCCACAGGCUUUACCGGGCUCCCUGUGGCUCCACCCACCGACUGAAUAUCUUUUUAAAUCCUGAACUCUUGUUUUGCUGUACUAAUCUCACUUCAACAUAACGUCCCCAUCGCUCCUUGUUUUGUCCUCACGUAGUCUGAUAACUAGAUUCCACCCGCUGUCAUCCUCUUUCUUCUUUUGAUGCUGAGAAAAGAAAACUCGAAGAAAAAAAAAAAAAAAAAAGGUCUCCGAGGAAACAUUUGUCAUCUUUGACAAAGACACAGAGGACUAUUGAGUUUUUUAAUAAUAAUAAUAAUUUUAUUUUAAUGUUACAUGUCGUUUCAUCAUGAAAUCGUUGAAAGCUGUUACUGAGGGAGAAAACGCCGCGUGAGAUGGGUGUUUGUCUAUAAAAACAUUUUUAACAAAGGAAGAACAAAUCCAACAACAGUCUUUUUCUUUUUUUUAACUGAAGCUUCACGGAAACACAGAAAAAAAACCUAAAAUGUAUAUUUUGGUAGUCUUUAAAAA